ACCACGGCUUUCGCUAGCGGGCGUCCCUGCCGUCCCGCCUCCUUGUCAGGAUCUCGCGCGGUUUAGAGAAAGAGAAAGAGUAGUGAUCGAAUCGCGGAGCAGCGAGGAAGUGUGCCAUCAUCACAGCGUGCGUGUUGGCGGGACACGGUGUUGUUCUCAGCCUGCGAUAGCGAUAAUAUAAGCGUAGGCGUGCAAACGAGAGGAGAAGAAGAAGACGCGUUACACCAGAAAAGGAAAAAGAAUCCAAUAACAGAAAACAAAUCUCGCCGCCAAUGGGAUUCGGUUCGGCUGAACCGGCGGGAGAGCAGCUGCACCGCCAGACGGCGUCCUCGCACCCGAUUGGCUGAGAUCCGGCGGCCGGCCCUCGGUAGGGCAACGGAUAAACAGUUUUGAAAGGACUCAACUAGUCGAGUAUCUCCACAGUCUCCGAGCAGGACCGGCUGCCCACGGAGCAGCAGCCAGUAACAGCAGCAGCACGCAGCGUGUCGAGCGGUCGGCGUGCGCGUUACGUUUAGUUCCCGGUGUUUUGUUGUGUCGCGCGGUCCUGUGACUGUUAUCGUUUCUAUCUAUUCUUCAAAGAAUUGGUUAAGUCGGUACGUUCGCGCAGUGAAAAUAGAGGAUAUUAUUCGCGCUCCUUUGGUCAUUUACUCGUGAUCGUGCAUCCGAUCAAGUGGUUUUUGUGUGUCUCAUGUUGUGUGGUGAUGCAGGUUUUCGUUACAUCCGAUGAACGUGAAUGAAUAAGGUGCGUGUCAAAAGUUUCUCGCUCAAAUACAUAUCCAUUCAAGUCAAAAUAUUGUAAAACCCACGUGUGUUUGUUGUUACGAUUUAUCUCCGCGUACCGUGACUCUUGUGUGUGUGUCUUUUCUUCGUGUAGUUUCAUUGCCGUGACCGUUCAGUGCCGUUUAUUUACUCGAUUGUGUCUCGUGGAGAGAAUAAGACUAUUGGAUACAGAAGCUGCGGCUGGCAGAUCGUCGAUUGAAGAGGGGCGACCCGGCGUGUUUGUUUACCGUACGUUAUCCUUGUCCUUGAGGUUACCAAACAACCUCGGCUCUCAUUCGGCCCGAUGCAUUGCCGGGAAGAAGAGAACGGGAAGUGCACUCCGCUCGGGUCGUCGAAUCGGAGGGUAAUGAAAGUGGCCGAAAACUAACCUCGGACUCGCUGUCGUCAACGGAGACGCGGUGUUUCAAAAACAACAAAAUUCUUCUACGUCUCUUCGAUUACGGAGCCCUUAAAUCCCGAUUGACGGAAUUUGAAGAUCAGGUCCGAGAUCUCGUUCAGGAAGAAGUACGGGAAGAACCCUAUUUUUCUGAGCAGUUCGCAAGCUCAUGUGCUUGAGAACCGAAAUAAAAUCUGAUAGAUAACGCCCUAAACCCUGUCUCUCUGAUUCCGUCCCAUGACAGAUUCAAGUACGCGUCGAAAACUGAAGCCUAUACCUUCACCUUCGAAACCGAAAUAGACACCAGAAGAAUAACUAAUACUCGAGAUUUCGCUGUUUCUCUUUCCCGCGCGAAUCCAAGAACACCCAACAAAUACUCUAUCUCUAUUCCCUUUCCCGCGCAAGUUCGAAAAACGAAAGACAAACCAAGAUGGAGAAAACUGACUCUAAGCCGAGUUCGGAUCUCGGCGAUACGCCGCAUCUGUCCUCGCGCAAGAAGCAGCAUCGUUCCUCGAUGCUAUCGUCAAGUCGAACGAGCAUGCGAUCGUCCUACGACAACGCUGACAGCGGGUACAUAACCCUGAGCUCUCCUCAAUCGGCGAGCUUCGGCACGCCGGCGAUGACCUCAGCGACCAGGACGACCGGCGGAAAUCAGCUGCGAUCGAACCCUCGCCGUCGGUACUUGCAGACCCGGAGCUCGGAUCCGUGGCCGUCGGAUCGCUCGUCGCGUUUCCGGUCCAAGCUAAACUCAACGGAAUUGAGUCUGGAGAGCGGUUCGUCGUCGGUACAAAAAGCGCGGGAAAUUCAAAUUCAAAAUAGUCGAACGGCGGCGGGCGGCUUAAGCCUGACCUCGGAGCUCGAGGACCUUCUGCGGCGGCAGCAUCGCGGCAAAAACGGAAAAGACGAAAGACUCCUGACCUCCGUUCCGACAACCCCAGCCUCCACGCUGCAGCUUCUCUCCCCACCCCCCUCGCCUGCUGUCCCUUCGCUGUCGUUCAUGGCCUCGGAGCCUGCGGACGAUGAGGUGGAUGUCGAGAUGAGCCUAGUCACUGUGCCCCAAAGCACGCCGCACCACAAACCGACGACGGGGGAGGCUGUUGGUUCGCCGACGACAAGCAGGGAGACCCUUACGUUCACAUCGUCGGUCGAGAACCACAAGAAAAUGAGCAGGCUCAUGAUCACCGACCCAUCGCUCGCCGAGAUCAGGCCCAAGAGGCUAGACUUCAGCCAGAGACCAAAGUUCGUCGGGCCAAGGAGGUCUAGAGCAAUUCCGUGCUAUACCGGCAGGAGCAGUGUAGAUUUUAUGAGCGUCUUGGGUGAGGAAAGUGACCACUGGAGGGUCGUCUCGAAGAUACUCGCCUUUCUUGACGCCAAGGAUCUGUGCGCUGUUAGCAUGGUUUCGAAGAGCUGGCGUAGGAUAUGUGAGCGAGAUUCUAGAGCCAGAAUGCGCAGGUAUCACUACGUCAUUCUGAGGCAGAAUAUCAAAGAAAAUCUCAAACUCAUUCAGGCCAAGGCUAAGGCCGAGAGCGACGUUCUUGCCAGUCCAAAGAGCCGCUACGCGAGGAAAGGACUUCUCGUCGAGGUCCAGAAUCUUCUUCAGGUUCCUAACAAUCAUCAGACUCCGUCCAGCCCUCCUGUUUCACCGAGCAAAGUCAAGUUUCACUCGUUCCUAAAAGCUGCCCGUACCCUGGAACCCUCGAAGCAUCUGGUUCGUUGUCCAGGUUGUUCGUUCGCGUGUCCGGUAAAUGGUGAAAAGAAUACAGCGUCUUGUACGCGACAGGGUUGUUCGAUGGAAUUCUGUAUAUUGUGCUCGUCGCAACACAAAGGCCCAUGUAAAACAGCCUUGCUCGCGACGCCAACGAAGAGGAACAAGAGGCUGAUAGCAGGAUCGAGACAGAGCAAAAGGAAUCUCCGGAGAUUAUGAAAUUCAGCGAAAUGAAAAUAUUAUAUGAUAAUUGAAACGUCGUCGUCUUAACUUCGUGUUAUGAUUUUCUACUAGUUAUACCUGCAUUAUUCGCAUUCAUAUAUGUGUUGAUUUUGUUCUUUCUCCAACGACGUGCGAGGUGAUGAGAUUAUAAAUAGCACGUUGAAUAUUUCUGUUUAAUUUUCAUCGAUCUAAAGCAGGAUCGUGAAUCUUUUUUGUUACGUUACAGGCAACAGGCAGCUUUUUCGCAGGAAUUCUAUUUACUGUGAAAAGCAAACCAGUUAAAAAUACUAAUCAAGAAGAUAUAUUACAUUUCCGUUCCUCGUAACGAUCGAUUGAUCUGCCUUCAUGAAUUGUCCAAAUAUCAUUUGGGAUGAAAGAAAAAACUACUAUUAUAAAAGAGUCAAAAAGAUUAGGACAAAUAAUUGCAUGCAAAAUUGUGUGAAGAAACGAAAACGUAUUUGAAAUUUUUAUAAUGAAACUAGAAGCAAAAGAGAUUAUCAAAUACAAUUUUCAAAAAUGUGACGAACGAAAAAUGCCUUUUGUAACCACCCACUACAUGGCAUGCGGUAUAAAUUUUAUUUAUUGAUUUAUGCAUUUUUUUUCUGUGUGUGUUGAAUCAACAUGGGCGAGUAGUUGUUAAACGAAAAUUAUUUUCGAUAUUUUAAUAUUCCAAUUUGAGAUUUUUCAUCCUUUUUUUAAUGUACGAAGUUAAAAAAAACAUACGAAAGUUGAACGCAUUCACUGACACACCAUCCACGGUGGAUUAAAAUAAUUCUGUAAACGAUCUUCGUACUUUCAUUGUUGCAAAAAAAAACAAAAAAAAAAGCAAUUGAAGAUCAAUAAACAAAUCAUGCGCAAAUGCACCAAUUUGCGAUUCGAUAAAAAGAAAAGAUGUAUUUCCAACUGUCACUAUUUUAUUGUUUUUUAAGGCAGAAUUUGAUAAUUUCUUUUACCUAAAUUAGAUCGCGCACAUGAUUGAACGAAGUGUGUAAAAAAUUAAAGAAAGAAAAAAAAAAACACGCAAAAGGUAGAAGAACGCGAAAAACAUUUUUAUUGAUUUAUUUCAACCUUUCUAUCGACUCACGUAAAUUUCGAAUCUCAUCGAUUAAUUAAUAAAUUGAUUGCUCGAUAAAAUGUAAAUUUUGUGCCAUUAAUAUCGCGCCAUAAUAAUUGCCAUAAUAAAGUUUAACAGACGGGUUUAUAUACACCAUAUACAUAUUUAUGCACAUUACCUACGUAACUAUUUGAACUAUAUAUAUGUGUGCGCAAUAUUCCGAUUUCAAAUUCUCACGUCAAGUAUACCUUGUUUUAAAAUGUCAAGUUACAAACUAUUUUACAGUAAUAUUUUAUAAUAUUAUAUACAUAUAUACGCGGUCGGAAUAUGUUCGUUCAAAAAUGAAUUUUGAUUUUUCAUUUAUGCGAAAUUCAUUUUUUCCGUCUCCGUAUAUCAUUAAGUAAUAUUAUAAUAUUGCGUUAUUCGUAUCCACUAUUGUAUGUUGUAUGCUAAUACAAUAUACUUUGUGGAUCUAGCAAGAAGACUGCCUGUACAAUAUUCACAUAUGAACGCGUAUUAUUAAAGACAGUUAUUUAACUUUAUUCUAGAAUACAUUAUAUUUUAUCUUAAUAUACUGGACUCAUAACCGUGCAGCAACUGAAUAAUAAUAUACCUUACGGUGUCGAUUAUGAAUGUACGUGAAUUUUAGGAUAAAAUAUAAGCCGGUCUUGCAGCUUUCCGACAUUUUCAUGGCAGAAAAAUUCUCAAUAAAUUCAUGGACGGAUUGUAAACUAUUAUAACACUACUCAGGGUAAAGAAGAUUUACAAUGGUAACAUUUUCAUUGAAUUAUAACAUCAUUCAUCAAAUGAUUGUUCCAAAAUCGUAAGUCGAAGAUUUGGAAUUAAAAUUUUCGUACAGCAACUCAUUGUCGUUUGCCCCAAUAGCGCUACUUUGUGCGUGUGUGUUUGUUUGUUUGUUUGUUUGUUGUGUGUGUGUGUGUGUGUGUGUAUGGCGAAUGGGUGUAAUACAGUCUUUUCGUUCUUUCAAUUUUAUCGUAUACGUAUAAAUUUCAAACUUCAAGUUUUUAACUCGUCGCGCUCUCUAUACAUUUAAGCAUAGCUCCAAAUAUUUAUUAAAAGUGCCUGUGUGUAAUUACAAAAAUGUCCCUAAUAACAUGAUCAAAUUAUUGCUAUUAUUAUUAUUAUUACUAUUAUGGUAUUGCAAUGUGAGGUAGACAUAAUAAAUAUACGUGUGCGAAUCAAAAAUUUUUAACGAAAAACCGAAAAAAUAGAAGGAUUUUAAGAUCAUUUUUGAUGAAUAGAAAAAAUUAGAAAAAAAUAUUAAAAUCUAAAGAAAAGUAAUCGAAAGAGACGGAAAUGACAUUUCUGUGAUAUGUGCAUGUGUAUCUAUCUGGUGUGCGUAUAUAGUAGUGGGACGUUUUUUCAUUUUAUUUUUUAUUUGAUGAAAAGAAAAUGAGAAAUUUUGUAGGCACAGUAAUCUCGUUCAAAGACUACUUAAUCAAAAGGAAAGUAUUUUAUCUAAAGUAUGUGUGGGUGUGUAUAUAGUACAUCAUAGUUAAUAUUAAUAGUAACAGUAAUAAUGAUAAUAUAGUAUAUUAGUAUGAUAAUAAAACGUAUAUAUUUACAGAUAAGUUUAGGCAAACCUUUGAUUAUAGACGUGUUCAUCCGAAAUAGCGAUGACUAGGAAUGAAAAUUAAUGAUAGUUUCUUGAUGGUAUUAAUUAAAUAAAUAAUUUACAUCGGGUGUAUGUACUCUUAGAAAUCGUUUCGGUGAAAUGGCGUUUUCCUCGAAUUAGCGUCGCACGUUUUUAUGUCAGUUUAAAAAUGAGUAUAGAAGUUUUGAAUUCACCCAGUAAGUAAAGAAUGAACGAAAGCAGACCGUGGGAAAGUGUGGAAAAUUUCGAUUUUUUAUGUCUUGUGUUAUUUUUUUUUUUUAACUAUCGCAAGUCGCAUCGUUCCAUUUGCUUUGAAGCGAAAAUCGUAUUACUUAAUUCUUAAAUUUGGUUUUAUGUGCAUGCGUUUGUGCGUGAAAAUGAAAAUCUUCUGUAUAUGUUUUUUUAAAUAACUGUUACGUAAUAAUGAUAUUAGUCAGGUCUGCUUAAAUUUUGCGUGGCCUGGAUCAGUGCGAAUAAAAUUUUUACUGAGCCAUUGAAAUAAUAAGUGCCUAUACAUACGUCUAGUUACGGUUAGUUAAAGCUAAGAACAAUUAAUCUAUUUGCGGUUAAAUGAAAGAGCUUCUUAUGAUCCACAGAUUUCUGACAUUACCUAUUCAUACUCAUCGAAUCUCUAACGCGGCUUAUCGUCGGUAAUUUAUUGGUUAUUUAACUACCGGUUCAUUCGUCGAUACGAAAAAUGCUGGUUCUUCUUUUAUAUUUUGACUUGCGUAGCUCCGUAAUUGAUAAAAAUUAUACUAAGUUUAACUCUCGCUGACAGCGAUCUUAUAAUCGUUUGGAAAUCAAAAGUCUAGACAUUUUCUUUAUUCGGCCAAUGACGAAAACGCCGUGGAAACUCUUGUUUCGCCAUAUUUUACCACUUGUUAAUAUAACGAACCGCUCAAAGUCGCGAAGUGGAUGCUGCCAACUUUGAUAGGCAGCCAUUAAGAUUCUCGGCGUAACAUAACCUUAUUUCAAAUUCAAAGAUUGUCCUUCUGUUUCUUAUUUCCUGUUCAUCCUCGGUAUCGUUUCAUUGUUAUUAUUAUUACUAUAUUUUCCGAUUUCACAGAACUUGAAAUUCAUCUGAAAAUCUGACUACCUGGUUUCAACACUGUUGUAUCUAAAUUCUCUAAAAUCUCUAAAUUCAACCGCGACUUUGACUAGCAGAUCGACGAGAAUUCUGUAAUACAUAUUCAGAAUAAUACGAUGCCGUUGUAACUUUUCUACUUUCGCAUUCAACAGUCUUAGAUAAAAAAAUUUAUUUCGUAUAGAUUUUCUUCUGUGUGGAAUCAUUGUACCGGUUCUAUGAUGAAUACUCAGGAUAAUAAUAAUCAUUAAUGAUAAUGAUGAUAACAAUAAAACUGAUAGUAAUAAUAAUAGUAAUAAUAAUAGUAAUAAUAAUAAUAGUCUGGUAGGAGCUCUGUUUUGUUUUAUUUAUUUAUUACUAAUUUUUUGUUAUUCUUUCUUCUUGUUUUAAUGUUUCUAGAGUAAGCUGUAAUUGUUAAAUUCUUAGUAUUGAAAGAAAGGUGAUACCAAAUAAAAGGCAUUUUAUAACGAAGAGAUAUAUGAAAGUUUGAAAAAUGAUAAAAUUAUCGAAGUGUUCUCAAGAUAAAUGAAUAAAUUAAUAAAUUCAUCGUAGGAGUAUUUGGUUUUGUACAAUCGUAAUGCCUAUAAUUAAUGUGCCUAUAAAAGAGUAGUCCUGAAGGAUGAUAUGUAAUAAAGGUGGUGCUCUAAGCUAUUGAAGUAUAAAAUAAAAUAAGAAUAAAAAAAAGUAGAAUGCUCAACACUUUGUAUUACGUAUUAAGAGGAAGGAAUGAUAAUAUAUGUAUGCUAUUCAAAUCUUUGGAUGCUAUACGCGAAGUCCCAGUUAUUCGUUUUUAAGUAUUUCCAUGUUCCGGGUAUUAUCCCUUGUAUAAGUUAUGUCCUAAUCCUAAUCAAACUUUGUUGUGUAAGCCUUUUUCGGGUUCGUUCCUGUAUUUUGUCAAAUAUUUCGAAUAUGAAAACUUUUACAGAA